ACUGAAAGUAUGUAUCACUGAUCUUUUUCUUUCUUUUUUUUUGCUGAUUUUUACCUCAAUGUUUGAUUAAAAACAAUUAAACAUGUGAAAAGAAAAUUUAAUUUCUCUGCAUGUAGUUUUUCAUUGAUUGAUCUCUUACAUUCAUGGAUUUUAUGACAUCACCAAUGGCAUUAAAAUCUAAUGUUUUGUUUAUUUAGGCUGAUGGAAAACUACACUCACAACAGCUUCACACUCCAACUGGAAGGGUUAAAUGUUUCAAAAGAGUCAAUAUACCCCUUGUUCAUCUUCUUCUUUUUUUCCUAUUUGUUUAUACUGGUUACAAAUGUAGGCAUUGUUAUUCUGGUUUUUAUUGACAAGAAUCUCCACCAGCCGAUGUACCUGCUUUUUUGCAACCUGCCAGUAAGUGACGUACUUGGGAACUCGAUCCUGGUGCCACAUUUGCUCGUUGACAUGUUGCGUCCACCUUCUGAACGUCUCAUCAGUUAUACUAACUGUGUGGCUCAAGCUUUCACCACACACAUGUAUGGAACCACCACUCACACUAUUCUCAUCAUCAUGGCCUUUGACAGAUAUGUGGCCAUCUGUAAUCCUCUACGCUACGCUGCUAUAAUGACCAACAAAAUGGUGGUCAAGCUGACGGCUUCUGCCUGGGGAGUCGCCUUGGUUUUGGUCGGGGUUCUGCUCGGUCUUACCAUCAGGCUGAACAGAUGCAGGACUAUGAUCCAUAGCCCCUACUGUGACAAUGCAUCACUGUUUAAACUCUCCUGUGAGAGCGUCUUCAUUAACAAUGUCUAUGGCCUCAUGUUUACUGUGGUCCUAUUCACAGCUUCUAUAGGCAGCAUGGUUCUUACCUACACCAAGAUCACUGAGGUCUGUCUGACCAGUAAGAGCAAGUCUUUGAACAGUAAAGCCUUACAGACCUGCAGCACUCACCUGGUUGUGUUUCUGAUUGUGGUGUUCAGUGGAAUGUCUAUAAUUGUUUUGCAUCGCUUCCCACAGUACACAGACUAUAGAAAACUAUGUACGAUUUUGUUUCAUAUCGUCCCUGGGAGCCUCAACCCUGUUAUUUACGGGGUGCAGUCCAAAGAAAUACGAAGGUUUUUGUUAAAAUUGUUUUAGUCCAAGAGAAUUUUGCCAUUAUUGUGAAAAUGUGUUUGUGAUUAUUCAUAUAAAACAUAAACUGUGCAACAACAAUGUCCUA